CCUUCUCCUCAGCCCACGAGAGUGCGAGCACUGCAUUCCUCCCCGGCCGGCCACCGUUUGCGCGCAGCACCGCAGCCAUCUCGACAUUCUUUGCACGCCGCGGCAACAGAGCCCCUCGCUCUAGCCACAGUCGAGAGACCCUGGACGCCGACAUCACUCGAAGCGGCCAUGGCCCACUGAUCCGUCAGCGACACGCACGCAAUCCAACUACUUGACCUCUCCCGCCCCGGCGAGAGCGUGCACCCCGUAGCUGCCGCCAGCACGCCCCGCCGUCGCCAUGACCCAGCUCUUCAGCUCGUCGUCGAGCCACUCGACCUUCGCCGAGAAGAGGACCUUCUCGGGCCUGCCGCUGUCCUCGAACAAGCAAGUGAACGGAUCCAACAGCCAGGUCUCGCAGAAGAUCAAGAACUUCUUCCGCAUCAAUAGCGGCAGCAGCGACAACAAGGACCGAAAAGCGUCCGACGAGGGCAGCUCCACCCUCAAGCCCGAAUCCAAGUCGUCUUUCCGCCAGUCCAGGUUCCUGCCGCACAUCACCCGCAACCGCUCCCAGACCGUAGCCAGCGAAGGCAAUCCGCUAGACGAUGGCGUUUCGCCUACCGCACACGCGAACCCGUACUUCAUCCACCAGGGCCCGCCCGCCCUGCGUCAUCACAAUGAAGGCAGCGUCCCCCCCUCGCCGCCGGAUACACCCCCGAUCCCCACCACAAAAGUAGAGGCUGUCAGUGGAGCAAACGACCAGGCUACAACAGCCGGAAAGGAGGAAUUGGCCCGGAAGCUGCGAAGAGUAGCCUCGGCUCCCAACGCGCAAGGCCUCUUUUCGUCAGGAAAAUCCACCGAAAGGCCGCAGACUGCAGAGCUCGGAAAGCAGCCCCUGGUCCAUCACCCAAAUACGUCGACAUUGAGCAUGGUAGAAACUACGACACCUGAUCCGAAUCAUCUCGUACCCGUAGACACCGUAAAAGGUGUUCCCUCGCCAGGCCAGAUUCGCAACGCAGUAGCCUUUAGGAGAACGUACAGUUCCAAUUCGAUCAAGGUCCGGAACGUGGAAGUCGGCCCGGGCAGCUUUGACAAGAUCAAGCUGAUCGGAAAGGGCGAUGUUGGCAAGGUAUAUCUGGUGCGCGAGAAGAAGUCCAGCCGGCUGUAUGCCAUGAAGGUCUUGAGCAAGAAGGAGAUGAUCAAGCGGAACAAAAUCAAGCGCGCAUUAGCCGAACAGGAAAUUUUGGCUACCAGCAACCAUCCAUUUAUCGUUACGCUGUACCACUCGUUCCAGUCAGAAGACCACCUCUACCUCUGCAUGGAAUACUGUAGCGGUGGAGAGUUCUUCAGAGCUCUGCAAACGCGGCCGAACAAGUGCGUGGAUGAAGACGCAGCACGGUUCUACGCAGCUGAAGUAACGGCUGCAUUGGAGUACCUCCAUCUUAUGGGUUUCAUUUACCGAGACUUGAAGCCCGAGAACAUCCUGCUUCAUCAGUCAGGCCAUAUCAUGUUGUCAGACUUUGACUUGUCCAAGCAGUCUGAUUCCGGAGGCCGCCCAACCAUGAUCGUUGGCCGCAAUGGCGCUUCAUCGAGUAACCUGCCGACCAUUGACACUAAGUCGUGUAUAGCGAACUUUAGGACAAACUCGUUUGUGGGCACUGAGGAGUACAUUGCACCAGAGGUCAUCAAAGGAUGUGGUCAUACUAGCGCGGUUGAUUGGUGGACUUUGGGCAUUCUCAUUUACGAGAUGCUGUACGGGACGACACCCUUCAAGGGCAAGAACCGGAACGCCACCUUCGCCAACAUCCUGAGAGAUGACGUACCUUUCCCAGAAGGCUCUGGGGCACCAUCCGUCUCAAAUCUCUGCAAAUCACUAAUCCGCAAACUCCUCAUCAAGGACGAGCUCCGCCGUCUCGGCUCCCGCGCAGGUGCCUCCGAUGUCAAGGCACACCCCUUCUUCCGCACCACGCAAUGGGCUUUGCUUCGCCAUAUGAAGCCACCGAUUAUCCCUAACCAAGGCCACGGGAUCGAGACGCCAAAUUUCCGAAACGUAAAAGAGAGCCAGAGCGUGGAUAUCAGCGCGGCGAAAGCGAAGGGCGUGCCAUUGGAUUCCGGUCUGGCUACCCCCAUGGGCGAAAUUGCCGACCCAUUCGAAGAGUUCAACAGCGUUACCCUUCACCACGAUGGCGACGACAUGCACAACGACAGCCUCGACCAUCUCGAACUACAAAACACUCAUUCACAUCGAUAGGAAAGCAUCACAAACACUGUUCUUUCCUUGGUCGGCGUCAUCGCGCUUCGAGUUCUCGCCGUUUUCAAAAGAGCGGUCUCAUUGCAUCUUCUUUC